AAGAGCCGUCAACUUCGCGAGGCGCAACAGGCUGCUGCAGAGGGGCUGGAGCCGGUGGGUACUGGGCCGCAAUGGACAAGCUGAAGAAGGUGCUGAGCGGGCAGGACACGGAAGACCGGAGCGGCCUGUCCGAGGUUGUUGAGGCAUCUUCAUUAAGCUGGGGGACCAGGAUAAAAGGCUUCAUUGCGUGUUUUGCUAUAGGAAUUCUCUGCUCACUGCUGGGUACUCUUCUGCUGUGGGUGCCCAGGAAGGGAUUACACCUCUUCGCAGUGUUUUAUACCUUUGGUAAUAUCGCAUCAAUUGGGAGUACCAUCUUCCUCAUGGGACCAGUGAAACAGCUGAAGCGAAUGUUUGAGCCUACACGUUUGAUUGCAACUAUCAUGGUGCUGUUGUGUUUUGCACUUACCCUGUGUUCUGCCUUUUGGUGGCAUAACAAGGGACUUGCACUUAUCUUCUGCAUUUUGCAGUCUUUGGCACUGACGUGGUAUAGCCUUUCCUUCAUACCAUUUGCAAGGGAUGCUGUGAAGAAGUGUUUUGCAGUGUGUCUUGCAUAAUUCAUGGCCAGUUUUGCGAAGCUUUGGAAGGCGCUAUGGACAGAAGCUGGUGGACAGUUUUGUAACUAUCUUUGAAAUCUCUGUCUUACAGACAUGUGCCUUUUAUCUUGCAGCAAUGUGUUGCUUGUGAUUCGAACAUUUGAGUGUUACUUUUGGAAGCAACAAUACAUUCUCGAACCUGAAUGUCAGUAGCACAGGAUGAGAAGUGGAUUCUAUAUCUUGUGGAAUGGAAUCUUCCUCACGUACCUGUUUCCUCUCUGGAUGUUGUCCCACUGAAUUCCCAUGAAUACAAACCUGUUCAGCAGCAGCAGAUAACCCUUGGGUGCAAGUGAUUCCCAGGUGGCAAAGGGCAGCCCCAUCAGAGAUCACAGGGGAGCAACAGUAAGGGACAGAGAUUUGGGGUCCAGUUGUCCCUCAGCAUGGAAGCCAUCACCACUGUCCUGCAUAGAGUGAGUCUGCUUCUCCUCUGGCAUCUAAGAACAAGUGACUCUGCUUUACACAAGCCCCUGAAGAGCCUGGCCAUGGAGUGAGGUAGAAAAGAAGCACUUUUUGGUGGUAUAUGCUGUUUCGGAAUUUGAAUCUAAGCAUUCUUGGUGUUCUGAUUCUACGCCUCACUGUGGAAUGUAUUUUCUGACAUUAGGUG